CCUGCUUUUGCCUCUUUGAUCUUGUUUGAGCUAUGGCUUAUUCACAGCUGGGAUACUCCUACUCUACCACGCCGCAGUUUCUGAUGACCUCCAGCUCCCUGGCCAGUUGUCUAGAGCCCGGCGGAACGCCUCCGUCCCACCCGGUGCUGCGCUCCCCGGGCCAGCAGCUCCCCCCUGGCACCGGCAUCGGGGUCUACAGCGGCCCUUAUCCGAAAAGCCAGGGCUAUUACAGCGCCUGCUCCGGCGACGCCACCGCCCUCUACUCCAGGGGGCCAAUAGAUCCCAAAGACGGGGCCGCGUCUGUGCAUAUGGGGACAUCUCACACGUCCUCCUACUACCCUUAUGAAUACACAUUUGGACAGUAUCCCUACGACAGAUAUGGGUAUUCCUGCUCUGAUGGAGCUUCACGGCGUAAAAAUGCCACCCGGGAGACCACCAGCACCCUGAAGGCCUGGCUGCAGGAACACCAAAAGAAUCCCUACCCCACCAAAGGAGAGAAGAUCAUGCUGGCCAUCAUUACGAGGAUGACACUCACACAGGUGUCCACAUGGUUUGCCAAUGCACGCAGGAGGCUGAAGAAGGAAAACAAGGUGACGUGGUCACCGCGGGCUAGUAAGAGCUCUGACGACAGAGGUUGUGAUGAUGACAGUGAUGGAGCUGAGGAGCCAGUCAAAGAGAAGGAACUGCCUGAUCAACGGUGUACAGAUCUGCAAAGUGAUCUUGAGGACUUUGACCUGCUGGAGUCAGAUGGUUCUGACUGUGAACAGAAAUCUCAGUUUCCAACUGAGGAUGAUGUAGCAAACCCAAUGACAGAUCUCUCACGUGCGCAUCUCACAUGUAACCCAAACCCACUGCAUGGAAAAGAAAGGUUAUCCCCGGAUUGCCCCAAACUCACACCGGCCCAGCACCAAAACAACACCUUCUACCCUGGAUCGGAUCUCCGAAGUACAGAAAACAAACCAAAAAUAUGGUCUAUUGCCCAUACUGCCAUUUCUAUGGAUCCAAGCUUGCAGCUGGAAUACCCUCCAUGCAUGCUGUCAUCUACUGGGUCCUCUUCUCCCGGGUAUCCAUCAAAUGUGGGCCUAACUGUGGCCGACAGGCAGCAGGACUCCCCAGUUGCUACACUCAGAGAAUGGGUGGACGGAGUUUUCCAUGACCCUCCUUUUCAGCAGAGAUCGCUGAGCCAGGCGCUUCCCAAACCAGCUGCGGUGUGGAAAGGGCUGAACGAUGCCAUGAUGGACAGCAGAACACCAGGACGAUCCUUUGAACAUAUGACACCCACGUCAUCUUUGUAGUCCGCACUCUGGUGACUAACUAACACUUGACCGAAAGUCAUUUUCAAGGACUGGACUUCAAACCAAAAAAGUGUAUUUUUUGUUGUUGUGACUUAACUGUUAACAAUGUCUGAUUCUAUUUUGUCAUUUUCAUUGGCCCUGUUUCUCUGACAACAUAGACUGUUAAAGACCACAGUAACAAUGGGCCUCACUCAAUGCCAACUGUCUAUACUUUGACUCAUUUGGUGAAUAUUUGUCAGCGCAAACCUGCAGCCAGGUUAUAUGAUUCACCUACAUGAAAAAUAUCCAAUAUUGUACACUUGCACUAUAGCCUGCACAUGCACUGAGUCACAA